AAGAUCUCCGGUUACGUAUCACCGUCAACAGUUGCCUACGUCAAAGUUCUCUAUUUUAUGAAUCCAAGUUAGACUGCGUAGGGAUUUAGGCCACGGUGCGUUUUCACCAAUCAGCGGGGACGUUUCGGCUGCCACACAGUAAACUAACAUCAAGUUGUUGAAUGGAAGUUUCUGCUUGCCUUAAGUGAGGGCUAAAAGGGGGCCGUUUUGAACCGUGAGCUAUCUGAUCCGACUUUCUAACCAGACUGCAUCCUGUUGUGAGCAGAGCGGGACAAGCUCACCGAGGAAUACGCUUCUCGUGACUUUUCCAAUAGCCUAUAUUCUAAGGAGUCUCCGGGACCGUUGAAACACCGGGACAAACUGUUCUUCAACUUGUUCAGGAUCCACGUUGGAAGCACCCGUGACGGUGCUCUAGGCUGUAGACCGUAAACCUUUACUUUAGGACUGACAGAUGGACCUUUGGAGUUUAAUCUUUCGAGUUUGCGUGCUAUGAAUAACUUUUCUUUUUAAUCAGCUACCGGAAUUUGAACCGAGUUUUUCGUUAGUUUUUAGGUAUUUUAAAACUUAACUUCAGCCUCUGUUUUAAUAUUUUGUGUAAAAUAAGAUUUUUUGGGUUAGUUAGUCUACUCUACGACACUUCAAAAUGGAUAAAUACGACGAUUUGGGUCUUGAGGCGAGUAAAUUCAUUGAAGACCUGAACAUGUACGAGGCGUCUCGAGAUGGGCUGUUCAGAAUGAGGAGAGACGCAGGGAACAACCCGGACUUUGAAGAAACCAGAAAAGUCUUCGCCACCAAAAUGACUAAAAUCCACAUGCAGAAGCAGCAAGAGGAAAUGGCGAAAAACAGCUUGGCCGUGAGAAUGAAUGGGGGUCACCACAGAGUUACCGACCACACGUUUUACACCAAAGACAGGCCGCCUAUCAAUAGCUACCGACUGGCGGGUGAAGCAGCGGCCAAACCUCCGAUUCUCUCUGGCCCCAUGCCGGCUGCCGGUAGCCAGUACGGACCUUACGACGGUCAGAAACAGCACUCAGGACUCCAGCACGAAGUUGCAACCGGCAGAGCAUACAACUACGAUACCAAGGAGCGUUUGGAGCCGCAUUCUUACCAACAACACGCCACGACUGUCCCCGGUUCUGGAAACAUGACCCGCACCGUCCCCACAUACGGGGGUCAUGGCCCCGCCAGCCUUUCGGGUGCCUGGGGUUCCUCCCAGGUUAACCAGCCCCCUCAGGGAGCCUCUUCUGGGGGCAGCCAGCCUCCACCGCCCCAGCCUCCACCGCCCCAGCCCCAGCGCCACUCUCCUUCCUCCUCCUUCUCCAGUACCCUCCCAGCUCCCAGUUCCCCUGGGCCCCUCCAGAGGCCCCCUGCCGGAGCCGGGGCUGUGAGAGGCUGGGCUGGAGAGUCCUCCAUGACAGGGAGACCAGACCUGAUUCCCUCCCUGCCUCUGAGUGCCUUCACUGGAGGAGCUGAGCUGUACCUGCCCCAGCCCCAGCCUCAGUCCCAGCCCCAGCCUGCCCCCGUCACACCCCCGCCUCUUGCCUCCUACUCCCCUCCCUCCACUGCCCCCAGACCCUCCACCCAGACAGGUCUCCGUUACAAUGGUCAGCCCCAGCCUCAGCCCCAGAGCCCUGGUCCUCUCUCAACAGCCCCGGCCCAAGUGGUAGCCUCUUCCCCGGCCUCACCUCCUCCUCCCUCCCAGUCGGCCCAACCCAGAGCCCUGUCCCCGGCCCGGGCCCUGGCCCCAGGCGCAGUCUUCAGCCAGGGUCGGGGUCCUAGCCAGGCCAGUCAGACUGGCCCUGGGGGCCCCACAGCCCCUGUUCCAGAGUACCCACAGCCCUCCCCUGGACAGGUGGUCUGCAGUGCCCAGGCCCAGGUCCAGCCCCAUGCCCAGGCCCAGAUCCAGCCCCAUGUCCAGGCCCAGCCCCAUGCCCAGGCCCAGGUCCAGCCCCAUGUCCAGGUCCAGCCCCAUGUCCAGGCCCAGGUCCAGCCCCAUGUCCAGGCCCAGCCCCAUGUCCAGGCCCAGGUCCAGCCCCAUGCCCAGGCCCAGGUCCAGCCCCAUGCCCAGGUCCAGCCCCAGGCCCAGGUCCAGCCCCAGGCCCAGGUCCAGCCCCAGGCCCAGCCCCCCAGGGCUGUCAGGCUGCCCUGCCAGACCCUCCACGUGCAGCCGGAGCAGGGCUCGUCAGCAGCAGAGCUCCAGCUGGAGGCUCUCACCCAGCGGCUGGAGAAGGAGAUGGACGCCCAGCCCACGGCAGAGCACUUCGGGAGCUGUGUGAAGUGUGACCAGCCUGUGUAUGGAGCCAGCCAGGCCUGCCAAGCCAUGGGCAGCCUCUACCAUGACUACUGCUUCACCUGCAGCGCCUGCAGUCGCCGGCUCAGAGGGAAGGCCUUCUACUACGUGGGAGGAAAUGUGUUCUGUGAGGAGGACUUCCUGUACUCAGGCUUCCAGCAGUCAGCUGACAAGUGCAAUGCCUGUGGACACCUGAUCAUGGAUAUGAUCCUCCAGGCUCUCGGGAAGUCCUACCACCCUGGCUGUUUCCGCUGUGUGGUCUGCAACGACAGCCUGGAUGGAGUUCCCUUCACCGUGGACACAGAGAACAACAUCUACUGUGUGAAGGACUACCAUCGGGUCCUGGCUCCUAAAUGUGCUGCCUGUAACCAGCCCAUCCUACCCUCUGAGGGCUGGGACGAGACCAUCAGGGUGGUGUCCAUGGACAGGGACUACCAUGUAGACUGCUACCACUGCAAGGAUUGUCAGAAGGAGCUGAACGAUGAGGAGGGUCACCGCUGCUACCCUCUGGACGGUAUCCUCCUCUGUCACUCCUGUCAUCUGAAACACAUCGAGCCCGGCUGCUCCUCGCCCACCGCCGCCUCCUACCAGCACCGCGCCUAGGCUACAGCGCCCCCAUGUGGUGGUUUACUGAAUAACCACAAUUGCCAAACUGCAUUUUUAUAUCGCCAAAGAAAUUAACUGGAGAGACUAUGACUAAAGUUACUGAGCGUAACGUUUCAAUAUAGGAGUUAUCUCUUGUGGUUUGAUGGGAUUUAUCUGUACAGCCUUCAGUUAGGACGUGUUUAUGGCAAGAAAGUCAUAUAGCUGAUAUGUAUUCAGUGAUUAAUGCUGAAACUUUGAUUUUAGUAAUGAAUCGAUGAAUCGCCAAAGUAUGUUGAUUGUCAAUUGAACUUUUACAAUGAGAAACUGCCUCAGUUUUAUUUCUGUGUAAAUAUAAAUUGUGUUGCAGUCUGUGUAAAUAUAGUGAUAUACUUUCCAAUUGUGUUUAAAUAUCCUAAAAGGCUUUAACAGUUGUGUCAGCUUAUAGACAUACUGCAAGUAUCCCCGCUUUUUACGCGAUGUAUCUCAUUUAAAGGAGAUUAACAUCUAAAUUACUUAGAAAAAGUCGAUACUGUCAUGAGUCGGAGUCGAACCCUCAAUAUUCACUAUGUUUCGCUUUGCAUUUAAUGUGUCAGCAUAGUAUUAUAGCGUUACAAAGUAGGCCUACUUUUAAUACCAUUUCUUCAGUCAACCAUUUCGAAAUACAGCAGGUUUGUAGAUCUGUAUUUUUUCUUGUGCGGUUUCUUGAAGCGGUGGCUGGUGCAACUGGUAUCGGGCCUAAUGGACAACGACGUCGAUAGGAAAAUUGGCCUAAACCUGAUCCUGGACAUAUUUUUUAUUAGUUUGUAUAAACCACAUAAUAACUCUAAAAACUGUACUAUUAGACAUCCAUCCGUUUUAAGUUAUGCAACAUUGCUCAAAAUAUAUUUAUGGCUUGUUCCUUGUAUGAGAAAAUGUAUUAGUCACCCAUGUAACCUUACGAUAGGACAUUUCUGUCUAGAAAAAUGUCUUCAGUGAAUUUUUCAAAAAAUAAAUA